AUGGCUUCAGAACAACCGUCAAAGCCUCUUGCCCAUCAAAAUGGGAACAAUGGUUCCCCAGUCCGGUCCCCAACCAAGGCGUUCGCGCAUUUCGUCUCUACGUUUGGCCCCUCGUCCGUCCCCGAUGAGGUCACCGAAACUCUAAAGAAGCUGGUCCUCGACUACAUCGGCGUGGCCAUAGGAGGCGUCAGCUACGCCGACUCAACCCCAGCAUUCCUCGCCGCGCUCAAAAGGCUGAGCGUCGGAGAGUCCGGAAACUCGACCAUAUUCGGCAACGGCUCCACGUUCACCCAGUCAACCGCCUCCCUCCUCAACGGCGCCUUCUCACACUCCCUCGACUUCGACGACACCUACGCCCCGGGGCCCCUCCACCCAGGCGUGACAGUCAUCACCGCCGCCUUGGCGGAGGCGGAGAACAGGCCCGACCUCGCGCGCGGCCACCUCCUCGCCGCCCUCGCGGUGGGGUACGAGACCGUAUGCAGGGUCUCCAAGGCCGCCGGCGUGGGCGGCUACGCGGCGGGGUUCCACAACACCGCGACGUGCGGCAUCUUCGGCGCCGUGGCGGCCAUCUCCAGCCUGCGCGGCCUGUCCGCCGCGGAGGUGGAGAACGCUUUCGGGCUGGCGGUGUCCAAGGCCUCGGGGAGCAUGCAGUACCUUGAGAAUGGGAGCUGGAACAAGCGGCUGCAUGCCGGCUUUGCGGCCGCGGAUGCGUUGCUGUGCGUCAAGCUGGCGGAGGCCGGGGUCGUUGGUGCUUCUGAGGCCAUCGAGGGACGGAACGGGCUUUUGAACUCGUACGCCGAGAAUGCGGAUUUUAACGCCCUUGCUGUGCAUGAUCUGGGGGAGAGGUGGGAGCUGGUCGUGACUGCCAUCAAGCCCUUCCCCGCCUGCAGGAUGACGCAUGGUCAAAUUGAGAUGGCUGCGGAGAUUGGAAGUGUUGCGAGAAACGAGGGCAAGGAAGUCGUCAAGAUGGUUGUUGGUCUGCCCAAGCCGUGCUUUGGAAUCGUUGGUGCACCUCAGCCGAACAAGGUCCAUCCCGAGACUGUCGUCGAUGCUCAAUUCAGCAGCUACUACCAGACUGCCACUUCGUAUCUCUACGGCCUUGAUCUUGGAUGGGCGGUGUAUGAAAAGAGGAGCGAUCCUGCCGUGAAGGAGCUGUGCUCAAAGAUCACCGUCGAGGUUGACGAGUCACUAAAGUCGUUUGGAAGCACACUGAAGGUGGAAUGGUCAGAUGGAACUGAUGUUAGGAAAGAGUGCAUGCUUCCACUUGGGGAGAAGGAGAGGCCCAUCGAUUGGGAUGGUGUCAAGGCGAAGUUCAAGAGGCUGUACGUGCCAGCUCAUGGGGAGGAUGCGGCUGAAAAGGUUGCAGCUCUGGUGGCUAAUUUGGGAGACAUUAAUGUCAAAAGCUUGAUGGGGAUACUUGGUCAGCCGUAG